AUGGAUGGAUGCUCUAUUGUUGGCACACUCAAGCAUGUGCUAUGGAAGCUGCUAGAGCAGCUGCUCUGGACAUUUUUUAAGGCUUCUUUGCAUUUCAUCCAGGCAAAUCACUAUCGUGAGCAGGGGCGUGACUGGAAUGGGGCAGCCAAAGGACUAGCAGUGCACUGGCACCCACAACAAGGAAAAUACUUGCCCGGCAAAGUGCCCGGCAAAGUGCCCGGCAAAGUGCCCGGCAAAGUGCCCGGCAAAGUGCCCGGCAAAGUGCCCGGCAAAGUGCCCGGCAAAGUGCCCGGCAAAGUGCCCGGCAAAGUGCCCGGCAAAGUGCCCGGCAAAGUGCCCGGCAAAGUGCCCGGCAAAGUGCCCGGCAAAGUGCCCGGCAAAGUGCCCGGCAAAGUGCCCGGCAAAGUGCCCGGCAAAGUGCCCGGCAAAGUGCCCGGCAAAGUGCCCGGCAAAGUGCCCGGCAAAGUGCCCGGCAAAGUGCCCGGCAAAGUGCCCGGCAAAGUGCCCGGCAAAGUGCCCGGCAAAGUGCCCGGCAAAGUGCCCGGCAAAGUGCCCGGCAAAGUGCCCGGCAAAGUGCCCGGCAAAGUGCCCGGCAAAGUGCCCGGCAAAGUGCCCGGCAAAGUGCCCGGCAAAGUGCCCGGCAAAGUGCCCGGCAAAGUGCCCGGCAAAGUGCCCGGCAAAGUGCCCGGCAAAGUGCCCGGCAAAGUGCCCGGCAAAGUGCCCGGCAAAGUGCCCGGCAAAGUGCCCGGCAAAGUGCCCGGCAAAGUGCCCGGCAAAGUGCCCGGCAAAGUGCCCGGCAAAGUGCCCGGCAAAGUGCCCGGCAAAGUGCCCGGCAAAGUGCCCGGCAAAGUGCCCGGCAAAGUGCCCGGCAAAGUGCCCGGCAAAGUGCCCGGCAAAGUGCCCGGCAAAGUGCCCGGCAAAGUGCCCGGCAAAGUGCCCGGCAAAGUGCCCGGCAAAGUGCCCGGCAAAGUGCCCGGCAAAGCAGAUCAUUGA